AAUCAUCUGUAAACUUGACCUUUCACCUUCAUUCGAUAGCCAAAAAGUUUAUCAACAACAUCGCGGCUACAUUUCAACCCUCGUAAACAGCACUACGCUCCGCAUUGCACAUGAGGUUCGGCUGUAUUUUACGGUUAGCCGGCGUCAGACGCUCCGUCAUCCAUUAACCGGCAUUGAACGUCUCGUCGCUGCUCGACUUAAACGACGCGGAAUUAUACAUGAAGAUGCUGCUGAAGAAGUGAUCGCCGAGAAUUAUGAUGCAGAAACACCUGCUGGAGCACAAAGCAAUACACGUCAAAAGACGGAAAAGAAUACUUCAGGGGCUCGAGGAUGUCCGAAUAAAUGGAAUCCAUAUCAUUAUUGCGUACAAUUUUGUUAUGAUCAUUGGAAAGAUGGGACAAAUGAAAAUAGACUUUCGCAGAAAUACCUUGAUCAACGAGCUAAAAUCUUGAAGAAAUAUCCAUUGCCUAAUGGUUGGAAAGAAGUUUACGAUCCUGGUUGCACACGUCAUUAUUACUGGUGUCCACGAACUGAUGAAGUAUCUUGGCUUCCUCCUAGACAUCCUCUGGCUGUAAUUGGUGAUGCUGCGCCGAAAGUUGCAAGAGAAUUAUUUGAAAAAGGCGAAAAUACUAAUGGUCUUGGCGAAAGUAGAAAAGAUGAUGAUGAAAAAAGGAAUGAUGAGGGAAAAGAAAUUUAUAGGGAAGAUCGAGGUGGUACAAUCAAGCGGCGUGAUGAAAAUAGAUCGAGGAGAAAGCGACGAGGUUCUUUAUCAGAUUCUGAAGCUAGCGAUCGUUUAUCAGCUUCCGAAAGUGAUGACGAAAGCAGGCCUGAAUUGAAUGAUAGAGACAAACUGAAGCGUGCCAAACGAAAAGGAAUUGAUCCAAUGGACCCAGCUGCUUAUGGCGAUAACGUUCCUGUUGGUACAUGGAGUUCUGGCUUACAUGCCCACGAUAAAACAGGUGCUGAUGUUACGGCUAGUGGUCCUCUAUUUCAGCAACGACCUUAUCCUGCUCCAGGUGCAGUUUUGCGGAAACAACAGAAAGAUCGCGAAAAAUAA